UUUUUUUAUUUGGGUCACUACUUUUCAAAUUAGUUUCAAAUUAUCUCGAGUUAACAUCAAAUUAAGCCAUCCAAAAUGAGCAAAUAAUCGUGUAGAAGCAAUAUUGUAUACGUUUUGCAUGAAAUCACCUUUGCAAACUUUACCUAGUUAUUUGAUAAGCAAAUUAUUGAAACUUCACUUAAAAUUCACUUCACUUGUCUAUACUUCUCAUUGGACUCAAGUAUCAAUCUUAAAUUAUCAACAAAAACGAGAUUAACGUCUGUGCGUACGUUCAAAUUUUACAAUUUAAAAUUUACGAGAAAGAUUCAAACACCUCAAAAUACAAAUGCUUUUCUACCUUUUCGCCACUUUUGGGCUAAUUUCGACCGCGUUUGCACUAUGGAUGGCAUUCGUUUUUUACAACUUUCACUACUCAGCUCAUAAGCGUGGAAUCAGAAGCGCCGCAGCUAAAUUACCAGGUCUCGACACAAAGCCCCUCAUUGGAAACCUUACUCAAGUACCACGUGAUCAAAAGUACCUGGUGAACUUUUUCACGCGUCUAGCCGUAGACUUCCAGGGUCUCUGCUACCUGUUCCUAGGCCCCGAGCCAUUUCUGUUUCUGGGAAAAGCGAACCAUGCAGGUGUUGUGUUCAAGGGAUCAAAGCACUCUGAAAAAGCGACAACAUACUACAUGUUUCAUCCGUGGCUAGGGACCGGUCUUCUAACUAGUGAUGGGGAGAAAUGGAGGACGAGGAGGAAAAUGCUCACUCCUGCAUUCCAUUUCGACAUUUUGGACAGGAGUCUAGCCACCAUGAUGAAGCACUGCUCAGUGGCCAUUGGAGUGCUGAAUGAAAAGGCGGACGAGGGGGGGUUUGUGGAUGUAUGGGACACUAUGAGUCUACUAGCUCUGGACAUCGUGUCUGAUGCUGCGAUGGGAGUGGAUCUCGGAUCCCUGAAGAGGAACCCCGCCUCACUCGAGUACGUCGACAACAGAGCUACAGUGACCGAGAUGAUGAUGGACCGCUUCAAGAACCCCCUCCUUUGGAAUGACGUCAUCUACAACUACCUGACCCCAGUAGGGCGCAAGUUCAAUCGCACAGUGGCAGCUCUUCACACAUUCACAACUAAUGUGAUCACGACCAGGUGGGCCGAAAUUAAGGACCAACUGGACGAAGUUAAAGAGAAGAGGAGGUCUUUUCUGGAUCUGCUUCUGAUUGCCAAACAGGAGCACGGACUCUCUUUUGUCGACAUCCGGGAAGAGGUGGACACUUUUAUGUUCGAAGGUCACGACACAACGGCAGCUGCCAUGUCUUUUGUACUGCAGAUGUUGUGCAACUACCCGGAAGUGAUGCAGAAACUACAGGAAGAAGUAGACGAGGCUUUCGCCACUGUAGCUUUGGAAGAAGAAAAUGUCCAGGAGGUCAAGAAAGUUCUUCAAAGCAUGCCUUAUUUGGACGCAGUGUUGAAGGAGGGACUGCGUAUGUUCCCUUCAGUCCCUUCUAUCGGGAGAACCCUCACUGAUGACAUAGAGAUAGAGGGCUACAAACUACUCCAGGGCACUCAGGUCAUACUUCACAUAUAUGCCAUACAUCAUGACCCGGAGUUGUAUAGUGAGCCAUACACGUUCAACCCCGACAGAUGGAUUAACAAAGAAGUGCCGAUCGAUGAACACCCAUACUGCUACGUCCCAUUCAGCGCUGGACCCAGAAACUGCAUUGGCCAGAAGUUCGCCCUUCUAGAAGAUAAACUGAUCAUAUCAUCGAUUGCUCGUCACUUCGACCUCAAAUCGGACACUGAGCACAAAGACAUGGAGGUGUUCGGCCAAGUGAUCAUGCGACCAGUGAAAUAUUUCAACAUUAAAUUCACUCGCAGAUCUGAACAAAAAUGAAAUGCAAAAUAGUAACGCUGAAAAAAAAUAACUUUCAACAAAAAGGUCUGUUUUGCGCUAGGUUGUCAUUGUAUGAAUGAGUUUGAACGCCAAGAGAUAAUUGAUCCAGGUUCCUGAAAUUUCAUUGUAAACUGAAAAGUUUAGUUUUUGUAAGAAAGCUAACCUAUUUGAACGUUUCUUUUUGCCAUUUUGUCUUUUUAAAUUAAGCUGAUAAUUUUCC